AUGGUGCACAAUCUUCUUACUGUGCCGACUGCAGAUCCUCAAGUCCAGCGGACACUCCUUCAGUUGGUUCAGUGUCUGAACCCAAACACAGAACACAAAUUUAAUUAUUCUUUUAAUCGACUCAAAAUCCAAUUACCUGAACUUGAUGGCGAAGAACCAUCUGGAAGCCGGCCCAAUCGUCCCCACCAACACCGCAGCAGCCUGCGUCACAAGCACCAGCAAAACCGACCACUUAUAAUCCGACCGGCCUUUGCAGAACGUGAAGCACCACGGCAUGAAGUAGCUCCGGAGCACGGCCUCUGCCAAAGUCAGAGCACUCAGCAAGCAGUAAGCUCCCGAGGCUGUACAAGUGGCCAAUCGGCCCACCACGAACUGCGGGCUGCACGUGUGGGCCAUCAUCCAGUAUCUCGCGAGCUCGAAGUAGCAUUUUGUGGCUGGGACGGCGAGGGCCGACGAGACGGUGAUUCCGAGGAGGAUGAGGGUGAGGGAAAUGAUGAGGAUGUGCUCGGGCAAGAAGACGUAGAUGACGCCAGUGGCGAGCUGGAUGGCGACGUUGACGAGGACGGUGAGGACGAGGAUGGAGAGGGCGAGGAUGUUCAUCAUGAGGUCGGAGGAGGAAGAGGAGGAGCCGAGGGAGGGGAGGGAGUUGGCGAUGGCGGUGGAGAGGAAGGCGGUGGAGCUGAGCUUGGAGAGCUGGUCGUGGGGGCGGGGCAUGGAGGUGUUGAGGUCGACGGAGAGCUUGACGGCCACGCCGAUGAGGGUGAGGGUGGUGGCGUUGAGGGAGAAGAAGCGGGAGGGGAACCAGAGCUUGCGGUAGCGGAGGGCGUGGGCGGCGUCGGCGGCCAUGGCGAGGGCACAAGCGGCGGAGGCGGAGGCUACGUAGGCGCCGAUCCAGGGCAUCGGCUCGUUGAACUUGGAGUCGUCGAGUGUGCCGACAGCCGUGCAGCCGAGUCGGCCCAUGGUUUGGUUAGG